CUCGAUAUCAUAGAUUUUUCACCACCGAGAAUGGAGGAAAUUGCUCGGACGCUCAGCGUUGAUGGCAUCCAGAAAAAAGUGAUUUCUCCAGGAAAAGGGGAAAUCCCAGACUAUGUGGAUGGCACGAAGAUAAACUUUCAUUACCGCAGCAGCCUGUGUGAUGGCACGGUGCUGGACGACUCCAGGAUGAUGGGAGGGAAGAGUAAACCCAUGGAGCUCAUCCUGGGGAAGAAGUUUAAGCUGCCCGUGUGGGAGCGUAUCCUCAUCACCAUGAGAACGGGCGAGAUUGCAGAGUUCAUCUGCGACGUCAAGCACACGGCUCUGUACCCGCUGGUGUCUCAGUCACUGAGGAACAUCAGUGUGGGUAAAGACCCGCUGGAAGGACAGAGACACUGCUGUGGCAUCGCCCAGGUCCACUCUCACCACUCACAUGGACACAAAGACCUGGAACAGCUCCAGGCCAACCCUCAACCCCUCGUCUUCACCAUGGAGCUCCUGGAGGUUUUGCCCCCAGGCUCGUUCAGUUUGGAGACCUGGGCAAUGACGGAUGAGGAGAAGCUGGCCGCCGUGCCAGGGAUCCAUGAGGAAGGAAACGCGCUUUUCAAGAAGGGAGACAUGGAGGGGGCCGCCGAAAAAUACUACAACGCCAUCGCCUGCCUGAAGAACCUCCAGAUGAAGGAGCAGCCCGGUGAUAAGCCAUGGAUUAAGCUGGAUUUGAUGAUCACACCUCUGCUGCUGAACUACUGCCAGUGUAAACUCAUGCUGGGUCAGUAUUACGAGGUGCUGGACCACUGCUCAUCUCUGCUCAACAAGUAUGAAGAUAACGUGAAGGCGUACUUCAAGCGGGGAAAAGCUCAUGCGGCCGUCUGGAACGAAGUUGAAGCCCGAGCCGAUUUUGAGAAGGUGCUGCAGCUAGACCCGUCUCUGGGGCCAGCCGUGGCCAAAGAGAUCCGAGCCAUGGAGGAGCGCAUCCGAGAGAAGAAAAAAGAGGAAAAAGGACGAUACAGAAAUCUUUUCACCUCCAGCAGCACUUCAGCAGCAGCUACUACGAGCUGAAACCCGCACGGACGUUUCAUUUAGUCGCUCCUGAAGAAAUGCUCCAUUCCUGAGACGCUGCAACACCUGAGCAGAUGAGCUGUUCACCAUUUCAACACGUGCAGCUUCCACGUUUCAUUUCCCUCCCACACACACACACACUCACAAGCACCAAAUACCCUCACACUAUUUCAACACACACAGACACAAAUUAAAAUAAAUCUCAGUACCAUGGGCUGUAUCCCAAACACUAAAGGCAGCAUGGUAAAGGACGCCCUGUUACACCAUGUUAGAGAUUUAGAUGUGACCUCUAGCAUUUGGGAAACACCCUGUACAGGAGGUGAGAUGCUAAUUCGAAGGAACACAUCUUUAAUUUUGCCCGAUUGUAUAGAAUUGACGUAUCAGACCCUGGUGAAAUGAAAGGACGUGUUAAUGGGACAUAUCCCCUGUGGGACAGACACGCCCCCUGAGAGAGACAAUCAUGUAGAAAGUCCUUCCUUUUUUUUUUGGUUCUAACCCCGUUGUAUCUUACAUUAGAUUGUUUUUGUACUUAUUGUCUCAUAUUGUAUAAUUUCUUUCAAAUGUCUAAACCAGCACGUGUGAGUUGACCGAAAUUGUAAAAAUUUUCACAGAUAUUGUAUUGUAAUAGAAGUACACACACACGGACCUAAAGUCAGGGUGGAUGAUUUGCUAUAUACAGACAUUGCUUUUGUCAUCUACAAGCACAUAAUUAUACAUAAUAUAUUUUUAAUCAUUAUGAAAUUACUACCAAAAGAAUCAUUACCCUUAAAAGCAUUUAUAAUUUACAAACUGCUUCCAGACUUUUAAAAACUUUUUUUUUUACUUAACUUUCCUUAACCUGCACUCUUUACUCCACGUGAACGUGUAUAUGUGUUUUUGUCUUAAACGCUACUGUGAAAGACAACGCUGCAUUUAUGUUGUAACAAAAGCCAAAUAAAGAAACCCAAAUAAAAAUUUAAGUAAUCUUAUUAUUGAUA